UGAAUAUAUACCAAUUAUAGUUUAUCAAUGGAAUCAAAUUACUUUUCAUCAAACAGAAGAGUGAAGUUCCUUCCUAGCUUCAGGUGGUAUACCUAUGAAGGUUCACUAUGUGAAUGUUAUUCUGAUUCUGGGGUUUUGUAAACCUUAUUCAACAAAAUAUUAUCUAAUUAAAACAAUACAGAGAGAAGGGGAGAGUAGAAGAAACCCUUCUGAAGGAUAUUCCAACCCUGUAGCAGCUGUCAAACCAGCCAUACCAUCAAAACAAACUAAUGGAUCAGAUUAUGGAAAUAUCAAUUUUAAAAAAUUUGAAUAUGAAUCAUAUGAAGCCGCUUACCCCAAGUUUACAAAACAUAGUCCAAUUAAAUCUGAUGAUGAUAAUGAUGAAGAAUAUGAAGAGGAACCUCAAUCACCUUCUGAUGAUGUUUCUAAUGAACAAUAUAGAGAAGAUACUGAAAACUCGAAUCAUGGUUCAAAUGGUAAAUUUGAGUAUGAGUCAUAUGAACGAAACUUUUAAAAGAUUACUCACAAAAUAAAAAGAAGGAUUAAAUGAAGAAACAGAAUAACUUUAAACUAUAAAUUUGGUUAAUAAAUACUUUUUUAUUGAU